AUAUACAUAUAUAUUUGUCCAUCAAGUUUUAUUCAUAUUUCAAUAAUGAAACUCAUCUUAAUAUUUACACUAACUAUUUUGUUACUAUUAAAUGUAACUGGGUAAACUCACUACUGGUUGGCUACAGACAGGAGGAUAUAAAUUAAUCGGCUGAAUAUUCAUUCUAAGAUUAUUUCGUAUACAACAUAUCAAUAUUUCAUUGAUUAUAUCACCUUUGAACUGUAAUUUAAGAGAUGAAGGUAUUUUCAGUGAAAUCUUUUACUUCAUUUCUGGCUCUAAAUAAGAGUUUGGAAAAGUACGAAUUAUCCACUAACAACAAAGUUUAUUGCAAAAUAUUUCCCCUGAAUAAUCAUAUUAUUGUUUCUGUAGACUUAUCAAAACAGUAUUACUGAAACUGCAUAAAUGAAUAUCUCCCUCCACUUGUGUUUUGAUUGCUUAAUCUUUACAGUAAACACUACAAAAUUGUAAGCUGUAAUAGUAUAGUGUAUGAACAGCUCACUUAACUCAUGUUAAGUCUAUAGACAAUAGUUUAAAUUUGCUAUUUUUGUACGUUUAUGAUUAAUCUGAAAAUCAUUUCGACAAUUUAACGAUACUAAGUGAAUCUCGAUUGUAAAAAUGAAAAACAUUAGAGUUAUGAAAAUAACCUAUCAAGAAGUGAGGGUAGAUAGUAUCCAAUUAUAAUAAUAAACGGUUUCAUUGAUUGGAACUUGUUCAGUAGGUAUAUAUUCAUUAACUUCACAAUCCAGUACUCAAGAUAUUUUGAGUUCUAACACUUCUACAUUGUCAAAUAUAAAAAAAAUACACACAGUAUUAACAGUUGAGGCUAUUCUCAACGUUCUCAGUGUUAAACAAGUGUUUUUUAUUCAUAAAUUUCAGUUAUAUUUUUUGUUUAUUUGAGAAGUGAGUGCUAAAUAUUGGACUGUAAUCUUCACUAAAGAUUUCAUUUCAAGCAUCUAGAAUUAUCUACAGCUGUCUGUGAUGAACAGAACAUUAUCACGCGAUUCAAGAUAAAAAGCACAAAUAUGGAGAAACUCAUGGUUUGAAAUGGAAUUUUUAAUGAAAGUUACACUUUAAUAUUCUGCAUACAUCCAAUAAAUGAAAUGCAAAAUGUCCGGAACUAAAACAGACUCAUCGAACAUUGGAAAAGGUUGUGGGUGACCUUAAUUGUACUCACUGAUUUUCAGUGGUUCUUCCAUCGAUAUUAGUCAGUUAACGAUCAGAUUUUUUGUUGCUUUACCGUAAACUACUAAUAUUAGAAGAUAUAUUAGGAAAAAUAAUUUGUAAAGUAGCCCAUUAAUAAACAGGAAGUUUGGUAGCCACCAAGUAAUAUGAUUUAAUUGUCAAACGGAAGUUUUUUUUUAGUCAUUCAUAUCGCUGAAAAUAAACAUUGUUACUAGAAUAUCUAAAGUUUAUACAAAGAAUAAAAUGGAUUAGAUCUAACACUUUCACUAUGAUGAUUGUUGCCUUUGCUAACAAAAAAAGAACAAGAGAUUAAUGUAGUAUUUCAUCAAACACUACAUUACAUUAGAUAAGACAAACAAACUAGUCGUUUUUAGAGAAGAUUGAAAAUGAAACUAUGUUAUGUCCCGAUGAGAAUAAUGCGUUGUAAUCUUUUGUGAUCUAUUUAUGGACCAAUACUGUGAGUAUAUUUUUGUCGUAUAAUUGUUAAUUAACUAAACUAUUCAUAUUCAUGUCUCUCUUAUCAUAAGCUUUAUUUUAACCUAUGAACUGUUAUUAUACGAUUUACCAUUCUUGAAUGAUGCCCUGUCUAUUAAUUACUACCUCCUACAUUCACAGCCACUUUUGGCCAAAUCUUGUACAAAUGUUAUUUUCUAUUUUAUGAUACGUUUUAGUUUGUUUGAUUGAUAUAUAAACCCCGUAUGUUUGAAAUAAAUUAUUCAUAUCGCAGAAGCUCGGGUUGGUGUUCUGGACUUAACUGGUUGGGUUAGACAGGAAGAGAGACCAAUCAGGACUCUAGGCUGCUCGUACGGGUUUUGCGCGUCAUUGAUUCCAUCGAUAAUUCACUGCUCUCUAAUCGGCGGCCAUAAGUUAUAAAAAAUUAAACUAAAUAUCCCCUUAUUAGUUAUACUAUUAUCAUUCAGUAUAAACCUUGGCUAUGUUGGAUCUGAUUUUAGUUAUGGAUUCAUUUUUUUAGGUUGAUUUAUUUAACCACUGAUAACUUCCAAGAUAGUUCCAUUUUACGAUAAAUGGAUAUUAGUUGGAUAAAUAAUAAUCACAGAGCAUUUGACCAGUAAUUAGUCUCAUUUAUAAACUCAUUCGCAAUAUUAGUCAAUGGCCUUAGUUCUUAUAAUAAUAUAAAAGACUAAACACUACUGGACUCUACAACUGGUAUCUUUAAAAUCAUUCAAAAUAAGCUCCAAUAAGAAUAAAUACCGCAUGUACAAAUAUAAUUAGUAUAAUAAAUUCAUAGUAUAUAACUAUGGCAUCUCCAGGUAGGAGAUUUGUGGAAUUUACAACAGCAGUCGAAUGAAUAUUAAGAAGAAUCAAUAUUGAUGAAUAAUCAAAACCAAGUUUAGUGAUAAUUCUUUAUAGUUGGGUUAGACUUCAGUACCAUCUAACUUGUUUUUUAAUGAUUUGAAACAACCAAUCAACUAGUAAAUCAAAAUAUAGUUAUAAAAAAAUACAGGGUUUGAACAUAAUGGUAUUAAAACAUGAAGAUAGAUGAUCAAAUAUUCAACACAGAUGGAAAGAUUGAAACAGUAAAACAGAAGAUAAAGCAUAUAAAUUAUAUACAAAAUUUAUUUGGUCAGUAGGUAAACUUUAUUCAACAUUAAUUACCUUAUCAAUUAUGGUAGUAUAACGAAAUGACUGAUUAGGUCAAAACCUAACAAUUUAGAAUUAGCUUGGAAAUAAAAUUGAUCACUAUGGUAAAUAGAAAUCAUGGUUCUUCUAUUCUAUUACAGAUUCUAAAAUAAAAUGAGAUAACUAUCCUAAACUUUAUGACUUACAAUAAUUUUCAAUGUAAGUAAAUUUCGUAUAUAAAGAUUUUUCAUUGUCUAUUAAGUCAAAUGCUUUUGAAUUUCCUUCUUCUUUCUUUUUCUUUUUCCAGAUCAAAAUCUAGUCAACAGGAACUAAUUAUUGAAAGUGUAAAGUUAUGGAAUUCAAUUAAAGAACUUUGGAAGAGGUUUGAACUUAAGUGUCAAGAUAAAAUUCGGAAAUAUCUUGAGGAGGAUCAUUUAGGUGAAAAAUUAGCCGCUGUUUUAAAGAUUUAUGUGAAGCGUUUAAAUAGGCGUUUAGAUAUGCGUUUAUCAGCAGACAAACGAGAAUAAACAUUUAUCAUUGCUAAAAAAAUCUCAACAUUCAAUGAAGAAGAACGCUAUUGUGAUGAAUUUUAAUUCAAUCAAGUAGCUGAAAACUAAUUCUUAGUUUGAUUAUAUGACAAAUAAUCAUUGUACAUGAGUGCAUAAAAUAUUUUUUUUUGAAAAAAGGAAUGAAUACACUUGGCCAUAUCAUUACUAA